AUGUCAAUUCUCCAUCUCAUACUUUUUCUGCAGCUCAUAGUGUCAGGUUCCCGUAAAUCCCUGAAGCACAAAACAAGCAAAUUCAUCAAAAUGGUACAGUAUAUCCAUAACAAUGUACAAUCAUCUAUAAAAAACUGCGCGUGUUCUACAUCACUGCAUGACGAUCGAGUGCAGGGACUUCUGCACAUCUUGCACGCCAAUAAUCCAUUUUAUAUUCAAAGGCCUAUUGUAGCUUCAAUUCUUAAACCUGAAAUGGCAUCGUACAUGAGUACAAUCAAUAGCGACCAAAAUUUUAGGAAUAUUUUUCGGGUUGGUCUGAAUGUAUACGCAGAAUCAUUUUGCUUGGUGUUGCCGAUGAUGAAAAAUGCGUUGAUGUUCGGCGCCAACUUCGAUCAGGUAUGCAGGGUAGGAAAAAACGGAUAUUUCAUUGAUGAGCUCGUUAAUGAAAUACAAACACAAUGUACAAAUAUUAAAGAACAUAGCAGUAGGUGGGAUCUUGCAAAAAUACUGAGGUACUAUAAUACCAUGAAAAGAUGUUAUAAUGAACUAUUUACGGUUAUGAAUUGCUAUAUAGCGUUUUUAAAUGCGAAUAAAGAUGUGCUGAAGGACCAUAUACUGGAAUAUCAUGCAUAUGUAUAA